AGUUGAGCAGCUGUCCGUGACGGUCACUGUCGAACCGGAAGAGACGAAGAAAUAUGUGAAUUUCCUAUGAAUCUCUUUGAAAACACAUUGCUGAAUCAUGGCCUUUGUUGAUGAAGAUCUGAGUAUUAAAGAAAGGUUUUCUCUUUUGCUGCUUGACCCGGGUGAGAUAUACUUUGAAGACUUCAGCGUUUACUUCUACCCAACUGGACUCAAAAGCAUAUCAGAAGAGGAAGCUACAAGGAGGCGAUGCAGAGGAAGACUGAAGAUUUGUUCCAAGUCAAUCGUCUUUGAUCCCCAAGAUGUCUCCCAACCUAUCAUGAAGUUUCCUCUUCGAAGUUGCAUCAAGAUCGAGGAAUGGAGCCCGCCUCUCUUAUCCAAGAUUGGAUCAAAGCGGGACACUCUAUUCAUCCAGACUCCUCAAACCAUUCAAAUGAAAGCUGGCAAUGAAAUAGGGCCUUACAACUUCAAAAAGGGUGAUAGUCAGUAUUUUUUCACCUUGAACUUUGGGACAGCAGAAGAUGUGGUACACCCGGCUAAUCAGCUGGCCAGAGCAGCUACUCUUCCUAUGGCGGAUCAAGAUGCUAUGAUUGCAACCAUUGUUUACUCCAGGCAGAAGAGGGUGAAGUUUGACACAAGUCGUCUUGAGAGCCUCUAUGAGACCAUCGUAGUCGAGAUGGUAGGGGAGCGCAUCACCCCACUGGUAGUCAAUCCAGGUCGCAUCAUGGUCACAUCUACCAUACUCUACUUUCAGCCGUUUAAUAAUGUAGAACCAGUGCCUGUUAUGAAGAUCAAGCUUUCUGAUAUCAAGAGACUAGUGAAGAGGCGGUUCCUGUUGAAGCAUGUGGGCCUGGAGGUGUUUUGUGAUGAUUCAAUCCGGUCCAAUCUAUUCCUAGUGCUUUCUAAACCAGAGGAGAGAGAUGAACUAUACGCCAAGGUCGUUGAACAGCCAGGUGUCAGGUUACAGGAAUCGGGACAGGAGAACAUGAUGUUGCUUUGGCAGAAUAAAGUUAUCUCAAACUUUGACUACCUCAUGUACUUAAACAGUCAAGCUGACCGCAGUAUCAAUGACAUCACACAGUACCCAGUCUUCCCAUGGAUCUUAGCAGACUACACAAGCCUUGAACUUGACCUCAGUGACCCUUUGACCUUUCGUGACCUCAGUAAACCAAUCGGUGCCAUUAACACCAAGAGACUUGAGAGAUUCAGGGAGAGAAGGAAAGACAUGCCAGAGCCUAAGUUCCUCUACGGUUCCCACUACUCAACCCCUGGGUAUGUCUUGUAUUACCUGGUGAGGGUAGCUCCGGAAGAGGCACUCUGCUUGCAAAAUGGCAGGUUUGACCAACCAGAUAGGCUCUUUAAAAGUGCGGCCGAGACAUGGAACAACGUCCUAUCCCUGCCUUCCGAUGUGAAGGAGCUGAUCCCUGAGUUCUACCAGCCUGAGAUGUCCGACUUCCUCAUCAAUCGGAAGGGUCUUAAGCUGGGAACAUGUCAGGAUGGCUCCACGGUAACCAACGUUGUGCUGCCCCCUUGGGCCGAUGAUGAAGCUGACUUUUGUAGGAAGUGUCGUCAGGCAUUGGAGAGUGACUACGUCUCGCAUCAUCUCCAUCACUGGAUCGAUCUUAUCUUUGGCUAUAAACAGAAAGGUCCGGAAGCAGAGGCAGCCGAUAAUGUUUUCUAUUAUCUCACGUACGAAGGUGCUAUAGACUUGGACAGUAUAUCAGACCCAAAUGAAAAGGCAUCCAUGCAAUCUCAGAUCAUGGAGUUUGGACAGACCCCCAAGCAGCUGUUCACCAAGCCCCACCCUACAAGGUUCUCUGCCCCAAACCCAGUGGCAGCGGUGGGAUCGACAGAGCAGGAAGCCACACAGAGAAGCAACCAAUCCUUUAUAGGGAAAGUAGAGACUUCACCUCGCCCUGAACUCCCCUCCUCCUCUUCCUCCUCGGCGUCGGCUGGACCAGUGCAGGAUCAGCCAGAGGGGGCGCCAUGCAGCUGGGUGAACGAUAGCAGUGUCUUGCCACCACAUUCCAUUCAAGAUUCGGGUCAUUUAGAGAAUUCUGAGCCUUCUCUUAGUCAAAUCUCUCCUCGGUCACCUUGGGAAAGAAUAACACAGCUGCAGCCAAGCUUCAGCUACAAAUUACACAAAGAUUCUGUGUGUGAUCUAAAGCUUUCAAGUAACAACAAUACGGUCUUCUCAGUCUCCAAAGAUACGCAGCUGAAGAUGUACUCGUUAGAAGACCAACGUCAGCUGCGGAGCGUCAGCCUCUCCAACAUGGCCCUGUCCAGUGUGAUAAUCACCCCUGACGACAAGAAUGCACUCAUUGCAUCAUGGGAUAACUCAAUAUAUGUAUACUCAGUGGACUAUGGGCGUGUUUUGGAGGUAAUCCCCGCCCACGACGAUGCAGUCUCCGCCCUCUGCUGGCAGCAGGGCUCUUCCAUCUUUGCGUCUGCCUCCUGGGAUUCAACGGUCAAGCUAUGGGCAGGCGAGGGCCUCAACGGAGGUGGCCAGAGGAUAGUGGCUGAUGUUCUCACAGAGCUGGACCAUGAUUCAGGGGUAACCUGCACAGAACUGAGCCAAGAUGGCAGCCUCCUACUGACAGGUACCAAAGACGGGGACGUCAACCUGUGGAACGUUGAACACCAGGUGGCGCUACGUCACUUCCAGAGCCACCAUGGACCAGUCAAUGUUGUGAUAUUCAGUCCUGAUUGUCAACAGAUGGCUUCUGCCGGUCAGGAUAGCUAUAUCCGAGUGAUCGAUGUGAACACGGGCACAGAGGUGUUUGCUAAGGAUGGGGAACAUGAAAUGAGGUAAGACAUCAGAGGGUAGAAGGGUCAGGAUAGCUAUAUCCGAGUGAUCGAUGUGAACACGGGCACAGAGGUGUUUGCUAAGGAUGGGGAACAUGAAGUGAGGUGUUUAUGUUGGCGAGAUCAUAUUCUUUUCGCCGGUGAUGGAGGUGGGAAUCUUAUGGUGUGGGACAUGGCCAAGGCUCAGUUAGUAGCAUCAUUCAAUCAACAUAUAGGAGCAGUAAACUGUAUCCAGGUAUCAUCUGAUGGUUCCACAGUGGUUACAGGAGGUCAGGAUGCAAAGAUCAUCGUCUGGAAAAGCUCAUGAGAACUCACCAACUAGUGUGCAGAGCCGCACUCGGGCUCAGUUUUACACAACUUGAUGGCAUGCAGAACUGCUCUGCUUAAAGCAAGAUGGGCUUGAACCGAUACACGUGCAGUCUGAAGUUGGACAGUUCUUUAUUAACAUCCAGUCAACACACAUCGGUUUGUAGAUCAUCUGAAUGAUGAACAAUAAUAUUUGAACAAGAUGGGCAGCAAGUCUAUUCAAAAUGACAUGAUUAAAUGCCCUUCUAUUUUAAUAAUAGCAAAUAAUAUACUGAUAAGAGAUUGUGGUUUAAUUAAUCCACAUACAUGUAUGAUUAAACCCAUUGCCUCUGGAAACGGGAUGGGUCCUGUUUUAAGAUAAUGGGAAUGAUAGAAUUCUGGAGUGAACAGGUUAAUACGCUUCUGACUAUAAAGAGAUGAUACACUGAUUAAAAAUAGAAGUUUUGGCAAUACUUAUUUUACAUGUGUGCUGUUUUGAGAAGAGGUUGUUUAUAGAGAGGUAGGCACCAUCUUUGAGUACUUAAAAACUCCUUCAUGGAUUCCAUCUUGAUGUCACCCGUAUCAUGCUCUCUAGAUUCUUACAUACUGUACUUAUUCUUGUAUUGCUUUUAGCUCACUUUUGUAAUAUGUUUUGGGUAUAACCUGUGAGGUACACUGAAUGUCGAUGCAACAAGUUGAUCAGAAGCAUAAUCAUCUCAAUUUAUUUUAAGUGUUCAUCUGUUGUAUACUUAACUGGGGUCCAAGGAGAGUAUAUGUUAUGCCAAAGUCAAAUAAUAUUCAGGGGAUAAGGUCACAGGAACUUUAUUAGAUUUUAAGCUGCAUUUUAUUAUCUGUAAACUGUUGUAGUUAAAUUGCUUGUGGCAAAGGCUAAUUGAAUUGAAUUCAAUACUGAAGCUUAAUAUCAUUCUUACAUUCCAUCGCACACAUGAAUAGUACCAGUAGGUAACUUUGCAUUGAAUAUGAUUUAAUUGUAUUCUCAGAAGAGAGAAAUUGUUGUAUAUAUUUUGGGUAUUAUAUUCGGUGUAGGCAUUAGAGGGGGAAAUUAUAUAUGGGCAAGGCUGCCCAAAUUGUUAUUUUGUUGUAUCAAUGAUUUUGUCUAA